AUGAACGAUAGAAGGCACACAAAGCAGGAUGAUGAAUUCUUGAAACGAUUCCUUAUUAAUUGCGAUCUAUCUGGAGAAAGAAUUGACCUCCAUCAGAAUGAAUUAAAAAGCGUUAUGAAAAAUCAAAUAAAAACUAAAUGGGGGGUUAAAUACACAGCUGGCGUUAAGCUAUUGGGAAAAAAGUGCAUGGAACGCAAGCUGGAGGGAGAAAUUAGGAAAAAGAACCUAAUUGGGGAAAAAGAAUAUCCAUUGAUGGAAAAACCCAAAAUCAAAAUCAUAUCUGGAAAAACACUUCAUUUUCAGUAUAUUUCUGAAUUGGAAGUAUACAAGUUGGAUGAGAUGGAAGAGGAAAGACUUCUAAAAAUCGCGAAGGAUUAUGAUAUACUUUUGAUCGGCGGCGAUUCUGAGGAUGAUAAAAAAUAUACUGAUGAUAAAAUAUGCAUCAUGAAAGCUUUAUCAGUGUACAAAGAUCAUAAAAUAUUUCCAUUUACUAUAACGGAUGCACAUGUGAGAACAAGAAUCAAAUAUAUUGAUAGGAAAAUGUUUCUUGAAAAGCCCACGAAAUUGAACAAUUUUGAGUACGACUUAUGUUACGAAAGCUUCAGAAAUUCAUCGUUGUCACGUGCGUAA